AUGACCCAUUCGACGACGGCUCGCACAGCUGCACAGGCGGAAGAGCAGGCCAGCUACCUCGCCAGUAUGUACCCUCCAUGGACUCUCUUACACAUGCUGCUCCAGCACCACAAACCCCUUCUAUCGACCUCACUUCUCGAGGCACUCCUCGACAACCCCUUCUCCUCGCCUUUGCCCGCUGUCACAACCUCUACCACUGUAAUACCUUCUUCCUUGUCCGCCAAUCCUUUGCCGUCACACUUCCCGGCCACGCCAUGGUCAGAGAGCACGUCAGAGCCCACCCAUUCGCUUCGACGCCCAAGGGCAAAACUGUCAAGGUACUUGAUCCAACGACUCCACUUUGGAUACUAUGGAAACAAAAGCCUCUUCUCCGAGUCUGCCGUCCGCUACCUGACUGCGCGAGCUCGGCUCGAGUACGGUUACUUUGCCAUCCGGGGUCGAGCCUUCUGGAACGUCAGCCAGGAAGACAUCGACAGCCAUCAACCACCACCAGAAGAGGACGAAAGGGGCGACAAAGAGGUCCGGGACAAAAAGUCAAAAGGAUCCUCAUCCUCAAGAGCACAACAAUCACACCAACAACAGCAACAGUCUGGCCAAAGUGCAGGAUCAGAAGGCGUUGAUCCAACAGCAAACAAGGACGACGACCUCGCCGCCCUAACCAACUCGGAGUCAUCGACUAGUCUGGGACGUCAACAGGGACACGGCGUAGGAGGAACGAGCGCUGAUAGCAAAACAGAGCAACUCAACAAACAGGAUCAGCAACAAAAGAUGGCCAAGGCACAUCGGAGGUGUGAGGCGCGGGAGGAAAUACUACUUAUGAUGGAGGUCACUCGAUUCUGCGAACGCAACUUGCCUAGCAAUUUCACGUUAGAGUCGCUCUCACCAGCUUUGCCCCUCUUUGGACGGCUCGAGACAGGGAUCUACUGGCGACAGGUUGCCUUUACAAAGUGGAUCAAUUCGGUCGAGGGUCUGAGCAAUGCACAGUUGGCCAGGAUACCCCCUUCACCGUUUCUUUGUCGGCGGGUCGAUGCAGCCUGGAUGGAGCACAUGGAGCAAUUGCCAACGAACGAGACACCUAUCCUUUUGCCGAGUCAAAAAUCCAGAAACCGAGUCCAGCAGGAACUACACUGUGCACAGGACGAUGCUCGCCUGUUCCAGAUUGCCUCGGGGAUCUUUGAGGGACUUGCGACUCAUCCUAGAAAGUCCAGGAAACCAGCUCGACCGCUCAUCGACGGACCAUUCAAACUCUCCCUGGAUAUUCUUAAGAGUCUAAUCGUCGACUAUGGGUAUCUGCCCUUGCCCGAGGACGACAUGCAACGAAAGAUUCAUUACAGAGGCGGCGACAGGAUUCCAACAGGGGAUCAGGAGUCGUUCCCGAGUGAUGGAUCCCAUGUGGUCAACAGGCGGGGUCUGAAGGGUGAGGGGACGUCCAUUUGGUACUUUUAUGAUCUCCAACGUAUCGAGAUCAUCGUGGUCUACUUGAUGUUCCGAGCACCGGAGGUUUUGAACUGGAUGUUUGAGCGUGGAUUCGAGUUAGAGCCACCAUUGGGACCAGGAGGACCAACCUUUUCUCGAACGCUUCUGUUGCAGUGCUGCUUGCCUGGAUGUCAUGCGAUGGUCCGCCAUAUCUACCGAUCGUCUCCAACGGCCGCCUUCAUGAGCCCAAUCAUUAUCAUCAGUCGAGUGAACGAAGAGCUCCUGGGCCUUGGCAACAAACCUAGACACGUCGAGUUCCAGAGACAGGACUUUGUCGAGGCACUCAAAGGGGUCCCAGCAGUUUACCUGGCGGAUUCUCUCGCCAUCCUCAUAGGCGUCGGCAUGGACACCACGGUAGUUCAGGAUCGACUCACGGAACUAUUACAAAUCUCGGGAGGUCCCGCAUCUUUGGAUGUUGAAAAAUCUGUCUUGAGCAUGCUGGUAGGUGUCUCAUGA